UUAGUUCCUCUGCUUUGGUAGAGUUUAGAUCUUAGCUUUUUUAUUCGGCUCGUCGCUCGCAGGCGAGUGCAUUUAGGCAACCUAAGUUCAUAAGGUCAAAAUGAAGUGUUUGAUUUUGCUGGCAAUCGUGGGCUAUGCCGUUGCUCAACAGGUCAGGGAUGCCCGUUAUAAUGACGGACGUUAUUAUCCGGAGCUUUACCAAGGAAAGUACAACGAUGGAAAGUACCGCCCGGAUCAAAGUGGAGCGUACAGAUCAGAUGAUGGGGGUCGGUACACUGGUAAAUACGUUCCGUACAAGGAUGGUAAAUAUGGUGUAGGUGGACAGGGAGGAUCAGGCGGUGCCGGUGGCGCUGGAUCUGGAUUCGGAGGAAAGGGUGGAGCAGGUGGCGCUGGAUCCGGGGGUGGAUUCGGAUCUGGAUCAGAAUUUGGAUCUGGUUCAGGAGCUGGUUUCAACGCUGGAGUUGGUUCCAAGGCAGGAGCUGGUUCGAAGGCUGGUUCAAAAACGGGAUCCGCCGUAGGAAGCCGCUUUAAUGGAGCCGGUUCAGUCCAAGUGACCGCUCCAGCUUUACCACCAAGGGUCUCGGCUCAGAAGCCAAAGACCCCAUCGUUCUCGUCGACCUCGUCAGGAAGUGGUACCGGAUUCGAUCGCAUCAAGGAACAGGUUAAGCAGUACAACAACGACGGAUACUACUACCGCUACCUGACCGAACAGGAUGCCCAGGUUGCCGAAACGGGACGGCUUGAGGACCGUGACACCGAUAGCGAAACUCUUCGUGCCAAGGGCUUCUAUGAAUACGUAGGAGAUGAUGGUGUUCGGUACCGUGUCGAUUAUAAUGCCGAUGAGAAUGGAUUUGUGCCCCGUGGUGAUCAUCUGCCAACUCCACCCCCGAUCCCGGAGGCCAUUCUGCGGGCUCUCGAAUACGUACGCAACCUACAGCAGUAAAUCCGGUGUGUUUACCGUGUCAGGUACAAUGUGACCCAACAUCCAACCCAGUCAGACUCAUAUGAGUUCAAAUUACUUGUGUUCUUUGAAAUUAAGUUUAAUUCGUU